GAUAUUUUUAUAUACUAUACGAAAUUGAAAUUUGUAUUGUCAAAAUAUUUAUCACGUGCCAUUUUGUUGACAUAUCGUCUAUGCUGUGAUCAGCGUACUGAGCUGGUGCCAGCGCAGCCAAGUUCAAGCACGCGCUAAUAUUCUAAUGUGUUUUUCGCACUUUUAUGAAAAGUAGAUCUAAAAAAUGGACGAACAGGGGCUUUUAAGUUACGUUAAGAAAGUUAUACACUCGUUAAUUGUGUCGACGCCGGAGCGUGUAACAGUGGAAAGGCUGAAGCGGGACUAUGCCAAGGAAGAGGGAACUGCCGUGCCAUUCAAAAGGCUCGGCUUCAAAGACAUUGAAAGCUUUUUACACUCCAUACCAGACACUGUUGUGUUAGCAGGAUCCGGACCGAUGGCGCAUGUAUUGGCCAGGCGGCACGCCAAGACCGCGCACAUCCAAAACCUGGUGCAGUGCCAAAGGAGGCCAAGCCACAGGUCAAGGAGCCGAAAAACUGCCAAGCCAAAUUACGGCUAUCCCUCGCAAAGAUCCGAUCUCGUGUUUGUGAAUGAGCCGCAACAUUCGAACAACAAACGAAUUAACAACAACCAGAGCAGCAACAACUAUGGUAAUCAUAGUAGUAAUCGUCAAUCUCGGUCUUUGGCACGUUCCAAUUCCUCUUAUAACCACGUCGAUUCCCAAGCUCAAAGUCGAGCACCUGCUGUGGCCCAAAAGAAUUUGGCAAGGGAGACAAACCGAAUGAUUAGUUCUUUUCAAAAUGUAACUAUUGCCCACGUUGAUGAGGACUCUUCGAGUGAAGAGAACCAUUUGGGAAUAUAUGUUGAGCAGGGCGAAAUAGAAGUCAACUCCAAUAAAGCUCCCGUGUUGGAUAAACAAGCUGUGGCCGAAAAGCCAAAGGAACGCCACAAGGAAUAUCUAUCAUCUAAUGAGGGCUGCGAUGAGGAUGCCAUUCCAGCGUAUGCUGUGGAUGAACGAGUAUUGAACUACAAAUACACGACCAAUGCAUCUUGUGUCAAUCUGGUGAAGGCCAGGCCUAGUGUGACAGCCAAUACUCGGCCAAGUUGGGAAGAGCCAUAUAUUGAAUACAUCUCCUCGGAUGAUGGUAGUGAAUCGGAUGCCAUUCCUAUUUUUGCUGUGGACGAGCGUGUCAUGAGUGUGGAGUAUCCCAAGGAAGCAGUUCGCUUUGAUCACCGCUUGCCCAAACGAGAUGUUCACAAGAAAUUUAAACUGGACGUUCGCAUCGAAGUGCAGCUUGUGACGGUGGCAAGCCCGCAUAACUUUAAUUUUUGGCUGCACGACGAGGAAUACGAAGCUUACAAAAACAUGUCGGAGAACAUGCAGCGAUUCUACUCCAAUGUACAUGAGAUAAAGUACACCAUACCAUUAUAUCUAAUAAUGAUAGGCCAUUUAGGUGCUCUGCACUUUAGGGGCACACUUUGGCAACGCGUCGAAGUUUUGAAUAUUAAGGCGGGUAAUAGAAAGAAUAUUGAGGUGCAACUGGUUGAUACGGGCGAAAGAUUGUGGAUCUGCCACAGUGAUCUUAAGUAUUUGUGCAAAGAGUUUGCCCACCUGCCGCCGCAAUAUUGGCCCGGCAGACUGGCUUGCGUGACACCCAGGCAGGGCCCAAGCUUUUCGGUGGAGGCCAGCACCUACUUCUUCGAUAUUGUGUCCUUUCGCAGACUCUAUGCGAAAAUUGAGAAAAUCAACGAUGCUGAUAAUACAAUCACAUUGAUACUGGUUGAUCCGGAUGCCGCAGCGCACACAAAGAACAUUAACGUAGCACUCAUCGAGUCGGGUUGGGUGCGCCGCUGCUACAAGCCUUAGCGAUUGUAUCUUUUUAUAAAUUGUCAUUUGAAUAGGUCAGGAAGUCUUCACAAUUAUUGGUUUUUUAAUGAGUUAAGUCACAAAUGAGUUGACCGCGAAACUG